GCCCGCAUUGCUGCGCAGGCAUCGGGCUGCUGGCUGGGGCAUCGUCACCCGGCUGCCGGCGCUUUCCUCCCGGCCGGGGGCUGCGGGCGAGGACCGCGGAGCCAGACGUGGCGCAGGAAAGUGGGGGCGCGACCCCCGGCUUGCGCGGGCACCGCGCGGCCCCGCCCCCGCAGCCAGCGGCCCUGCGGCAGCCCAAGCCCGAGCUCCGCCCUCCGCCUCCCGCCGGCCUCGCUCCCUCCUCCCGCCUCCCUCGCUUGCUCGCUCGCUCCCUCCCCCCGGCCGGCUCGGCGCUGACUCCGCCGCACGCUGCAGCCGCGGCUGGAAGAUGGCGGGGAACGACUGCGGCGCGCUGCUGGACGAAGAGCUCUCCUCCUUCUUCCUCAACUAUCUCGCCGACACGCAGGGUGGGGGGUCCGGGGAGGAGCAACUCUGCGCUGACUUUCCUGAGCUUGACCUCUCCCAGCUGGACGCCAGCGACUUUGACUCAGCCACCUGCUUUGGCGAGCUGCAGUGGUGCCCGGAGAACUCCGAGACUGAACCCAGCCAGUACAGCCCUGAUGACUCCGAGCUCUUCCAGAUCAUCGACAGUGAGAAUGAGGCCCUCCUGGCGGCGCUCACCAAGACCCUGGACGACAUCCCUGAAGAUGACGUGGGUCUGGCUGCCUUCCCAGCCCUGGACGGCGGAGAUGCGCCGUCGUGUGCUUCGGCUUCGCCUGCCCCCUCGUCUGCACCCCCCAGCCCCAGCCCCUCGCUGGACGGGCCCCAGGCCCCGGCGCCCGAGGUGGACGAGCUCUCACUGCUGCAGAAACUCCUCCUCGCCACGUCCUACCCGACCUCAAGCCCUGAUACCCAGAAGGAAGGGACCGCCUGGCGCCAGGCAGGCCUCAGGUCCAGGAAUCAGCGGCCCUGUGUCAAGGUGGACGGCACCCAAGACAAGAAGGCCCCCACAGUGCAGUCUCAGAGCCGGAGUUGUACGGAACUGCACAAGCACCUCACUUCGGUGCCGUCCUGCCCCCAGACUAAAGCCUGCUCCCCGGACAGGGGCUUGCAGCCGCCACCCGCCCCGAGUCCCCAGCUCCCAGCUAAGGAGGAGGAGGAGGCUGGUGAGGACUGCCCGAGCCCCCUGCCAGCUCCAGCCUCGCCGCAGGACUCCCCAGCCCCGGGCAGGGCAGGCCCUGGCACCCAGGGGUCCCGGGAGAACAUGCAGGCGAUCGUGCAGCUCAUUCGCUACAUGCACACCUACUGCCUCCCCCAGAGGAAGCUGCCCCCACGGGCCCCGGAGCCAGCCCCCCAGCCCUGCGGCAGCCCCUCCAAGCAGGUCAAACCCUGGCCCCGGUCCCAGCACCCUUCCAAAGGCUCCUGGGCUGAGUUCUCCAUCCUGAGGGAACUUCUGGCUCAAGAUGUCCUCUGUGAUGUCAGCAAACCUUACCGCCUGGCCACACCCGUCUAUGCCUCCCUUACACCCCGACCCAGGCCCAGGACCCCCAAAGACAGCCAGGCCUCCCCUGGCCACCCGUCCCCCGUGGAGGAGGUGAGGAUCACAGCUUCACCCAGGAGCACCGGGCCCAGACCCAGCCUGCGCCCACUGCGGCUUGAGGUGAAAGGACAUGCCGGCCGGUCAGCCAGGUUGCAGCGGGAGGAGGAAGAGGAGGAGGAGGAAGAGGAAGAGGAGGAGGAAGAAAAGGAGGAGGAAGAGGAGGAGGAGUGGGGCCGGAAAAGACCGGGCCGAGGCCUGCCGUGGACCAAGCUGGGGAGGAAGCUGGAGAACGCGGUGUGCCCCGUGCGGCGUUCCAGGAGACUGAACCCGGAGCUGGGUCCCUGGCUGGCAUUCUCUGAUGAGUCUCUGGUCCCUGCGGAGCCCCAAGGAACUCUGCCCUCCCUGCGCCUGGCUCCCGAGGCCUCUGACAUGGAGGGGGCACUGGGCAGCCCCACAGAUGAGGACAGUGGUCAAGACCAGCAGCUCCCACGGGGACCCCAGAUCCCGGCUCUGGAGAGCCCCUGUGAGAGUGGGUGUGGGGACACGGAUGAGGACCCCAGCUGCCCACGGCUCCCUUCCAGAGACUCUCCCAGGUGCCUCAUGCUGGCCUUGUCACAAAGUGACCCUCCUUUUGGCAGGAAGAGCUUUGAGCAGACCUUGACGGUGGAGCUCUCUGGCACCGCAGGACUCACCCCACCCACCACACCUCCGUACAAGCCCACAGAGGAGGACCCCUUCAAGCCAGACAUCAAACACAGCCCAGGCAGAGACAGAGCUCCCGGCCUCCCCAGCUUGGAGGGCCUCCAGCUCGGGACCGCCACCGUGGCUGCCCACAAGCUGCCAAAGAAGCACCCAGAACGGAGCGAGCUCCUGUCCCACCUGCGGCAUGCUACAGCCCAGCCAGCCUCCCAGACUGGUCAGAAGCGCCCCUUCUCCUGUUCCUUUGGAGACCACGAUUACUGCCAGGUGCUCAAGCCAGAAGGCGCCCUGCAGAGGAAGGUGCUGAGGUCCUGGGAGCCGUCUGGGGUCCACCUUGAGGACUGGCCCCAACAAGGUGCCCCACGGGCUGAGGGGCAGGCCUCCGACAGGGAGGAAGACAGAAGCUGUGACGGCGGUGCCCCCGCCAAGGACAGUGUGCUGCUGAGAGACCACGAGAUCCGCGCCCGCCUCACCAAGCACUUCGGCCUCCUGGAGACCGCCCUGGAGGACGAAGACCUGGCCUCCUGUAAGAGUCCUGAAUAUGACACGGUCUUUGAGGACAGCAGCAGCAGCAGUGGGGAGAGCAGCUUCCUCCUGGAGGAGGAGGAGGAGGUGGAGGACGAUGAAGAAGAGGACUCAGGGGUCAGCCCCCCUCGCUCUGACCACUGCCCCUACCAGAGCCCACCAAGCAAGGCCAGUCGGCAGCUCUGUUCCCGCAGCCGUUCCAGCUCCGGCUCCUCCUCCUGCCGCUCCCGGUCACCAGCCACCCGAAGGACCUUCAGAUGUGAGAGCAGAGGGCCGUGUUCAGACGGAACGCCAAGCGUCCGGCACGCCAGGAAGCGGCGGGAAAAGGCCAUUCAGGACGAAGGCCGUGUGGUGUAUGUCCGCAAUCUCUCCAGUGACAUGAGCUCCCGAGAGCUGAGGAGGCGCUUCGAAGUGUUCGGUGAGAUUGUGGAGUGCCAGGUGCUGACGAGAAGCAAGAGAGGCGAGAAGUACGGCUUCAUCACCUACCGGUGUUCUGAGCACGCUGCCCUGUCUCUGAGGAAUGGCGCUGCCCUGCGGAAACGCAAUGAGCCCUCCUUCCAGCUGAGCUACGGAGGGCUCCAGCACUUCUGCUGGCCCAGACACACUGACUAUGAUUCCAAUUCCGAAGAGGCCCUUCCUGCAUCAGUGAAAAACAAGUACGAAGCCAUGGAUUUUGACAGCUUACUGAAGGAGGCCCAGCAGAGCCCGCAUUGAUAACAGCCUUAACCUUCGAGGAAUACCUCAAUACCUCAGACAAGGCCCUUCCAAUAUGUUUACGUUUUCAAAGAAAUUAAGUAUAUGAGAAGGCGAGAGCGCGAGCGCGUGAGAGAACACACGAGAGAGAGAGAGACUUGAAACUGCUGUCCUUUAAAAAAAAAAAUCAAUGUUUACAUUGAACAAAGCUGCUUCUGUCUGUGAGUUUCCAUGGUGUUGAUGUCCCACUGCCACAGUAGUGUCCUCGCUUCCGGCGGGCGGCCCCGGGGGCGCCUCCCACUCCACCCAUGUCCCCUCGCUCCCUGACCGACUUCCCUCGUAGACGUGCAGCCAUGUUCACCAUAACAUUUCUUGUCCGUAGUAUGUGAUGAUGAAAUUGUUACUCGUGAAUAGAAUCAGGAUUAUACACUCAUUUUUAAUUGAAGAAAAAAAAAGUAUAUCCUUAAAAUAAUGUAUUUAUGGCUCAGAUGUACUGUGCCCAGGAUUAUUGUAUCGCUUCCUUGAUUUUUUAACUAUGCACUGUCGUGAGGUGUUUGCCACUGAGCUGCUCUGCUCCCUCUGCCAGGAAGCCCUAGAGGUGCUGGGUGGCUGGGCUACUGGUCCCCAGGGAAGUGUGGCCUGCAGCCACAACUCGGAGCGGUGGGGAGAGGCUUCUGGGACGUUCCUGCCAAGCUCUGCCCCGUCUGUCACUGAGCAGGCGUGGGUCCAGUUCCAGGCGGAACUGUCAUCUGGUGCCAGCUGGUGCUCGGAGCUUGGGCCUGGCCUGGAGUGCUCGGAUCCUGGCAGGACCUUGUAAGGAAGGCGGGGUGAUUCUUGUUUUUCCAGGUGAGGCAGGCGGUGCUCCAAGAGGUGAUAUGACUUGCCCAAGGUCCCACGGCCAGUGACGGGGCAGAGCAGUGACCCAGCCCAGGCCUCCUGAUUCCUGGUCCCGUGCUCCUGCAGUAGCUGGGGUAAAGAUGCAUAGUUCCAGGGAUUGGUAGAGGUGAGGUCAGCUACGUUGAGCCACAGGCUGGAGGCCUCUGGGCUUACUUGGAGGGUUAAGUCAACAGCCGGCUCGCCCGCAUUAGGCAAGUUUAGGCUUGGGCAUGUCUUGAUCCAGAGGGCUCUGUGGUUUGCCUACACCUGUGGACAUGCUGUCAGAGCCUCAGUGACACAACUGGAGUGGCACAGGCAGGUGAUCUGGGAGCGGUCAUCCUUCUGGGGCCAGCCACCCACCCAUCCUCCUCCUACCAGCUUGUCUUCCCCUUUUCCUCACCUGUACUGUUGUUUGGGUGGCAGGGGGAACAGAAGGGGCGUGUGAGGGCCGGGGGUGGAUAAGACAAUCUCCAGUGUCCUUUCCAACUUAGACAACAUUCUGUGUGGGCUUUACUUUAAAUAUGUUCUUGAGUGAUGUCAGACCAUGUCCAGCUUGGAUGUUCUGCCGGUGCCUUGGGGGCUGUUCAUAAGGGAAAGCAUGGCCAGGCAGGGUAUGAGCUCGUUACCUGUACUUCAGACAGAGCGGCUCCAACUUCAUCUCGUUCAGAUGUCAGGGUUCCUUGGGAAAUUUUUGUAUUGAAAAGAAAAGAGAAAAAGUCCUGCUUGCUUUAAAAUGUUUGGAAUUAGCUCAUUAAAUUCAACAAGCUAAUUCAAUCUAUUGUUCCUGCCAGGCUUAGAACUUUGAGAAUUAGUAGUUGAUCAUUAUUAUUAUUAUUAUUAUUUUUAAGAUGAUCAAAUACCUUAGUAGAUAUCCUGGGCCAGUGAGCUUGUCCUGGGAGGUGAGCAUAUUUCAGGCCCAUGGAGAAGGCUGGAGGAAAUGGGCUUUAGAAGAAAUAGGGAAUUUGAGCUCCUGUGUAUCAAGUCACUUGACCUUCCUGGGCCCCAGCUUCCUUUUCUAUGAAAUGGACUGAGGGGGAGAAGUAGGCAAGUUGAUUUCUAAGGUCCCUGCCAGCUCUGAGUCUUAGCUUCUGGCAAAGGUGGUAUCUAGCUCUAGAUAGCAAGUACGUGGCACACAUACCACUAUUUCCACAUCCUUGGCCAGUGGCAGACAUAACUAAUCGACUACAGCACUCACGUUCUUUGAGCUUGAGAGUUCUUUUAGAGCUCUCAACACAGAGCUCUGGGCAGCCAUUACUAAUGGAUCAGAGUUUAACUAAACCAUUUGACAUCCUGGUCUGAUCUUUGAAAGGUUUCCAUCAUGCAGAACCAAAUGGUUUCAUGCUGGCCCAUCCCUGUCUAUCAUGUCCUGAUCUUUGAGAGAACAUUCUGCUAAAGCCAUUCAUUGGCACAGGACUCCCAGUAAUACUGUGACAUGCAACCCCCACUUGGGUGGGGGGGGAGCAAGUGGAACAGCAGACAUGAAAUGUUUGAGGGAGCUGGGAAACCAGAAAAAGGGACUUUCUGCAGCACAGACUUGAACAUUGUAAAUUCCUUUUUAUAGCUGUUCACUGCCUGGCACACAGUAGGCACACAAUAAAUGGUCACGGAAUGCAAUAGAAUAGAAUUUAAAUCUGUCCGCUGCCUCCUGUCAGUCCUGACUGGCACCCAGGAGUAUACUGAGGGUUCAUCCUGUGGAAACCAGUAGGAAGGAGCUUGAGGUUCAGAGUCUGGAGAGCUGGGUUGAGUCUUGGCUCCACCAAGAACUUGGUGACCUUGCUAAGUCACAGAACCCCUCCCCCUCCCCCCUGCUCCAGAAGGAGUUGGACUAGAGGUUCUCUAAGCCCCUCCUACUUGUUUCUUCCUUGAUGUGCCCUAGGCCAGAGAUUCUGCCCUGGGCAGGUGGUACGGGAGGGUAAAGACAGAUUUUUAGUGGAAGGCCAGUCCCUUUCUCCCCUCUUCUGGGUCAGCUGAGGCUGCCCAUCACCUCAGAUGACUACAGGGCACUCAAAGUUACAUAGAUACUGGCCCUGGAGCAGAGCAGAGAUCCGAGCAUGACCGUGCCUAAGGUCAGGGCUGGCUGCCGUGGGAGAGGAUGCCGGCCGAGAGCACCACUCCAUUUCUGCUUGCCAUCCCAUCCCUGAAAGGCUACAAGUUCUAAAAUGGACCGAGCCUGCAGACAACCUCUGCCCGGAAGACUCAUUCGGUGCUGUGUGUUUCUAACCAAGGAGACUCCAAGGUCUCCAGGAAGACUUGUCCCCCUUGGUCUCUUGCCCACUAUGCUGAGGAGUAACCCAGAGGGAGCAGCUGCCACUGGCAACCAUCUCAUUGUAGCUCUGUCCUCGUGUUUGCCCUGGGUGAUGUUUACAUGUGAUUGCCAUCAAAGCUUACUGUAGACUGUGUUGACAGCCGCCCACGACGGGCAGGUUGCACUGUCCAUCUGUGUGCUGUGCUGGUGUUUCCAGAAAUGUCCGAUCCAACCGCUAAGUGGAAUUCUUCAUCUCCUUCCUCAGUCGGUACCGGGCUGAAUCAGAAUCCUCACUCUUGGGGGUUCUGGUUACCGAAGGAAAAUGCAUCAAAGAAUAUGAGUGGAUGGAGUGCAGAGAAGCCCCCCGCCCCCCCACCCCCGGCCCAUCACAGCUUGCUCCCGAGCCAGGAAACGGCUUUGAGGCAAAGAGCCACCAGUCAGGUGUCCGCAUCCGCUGGGAGGCCUCGCAGUGCGGCGUGUUGGCCGUGCUCAGGGGAGAGGCAGGACUUGGGGGACAGGAGGAGGAAGGGAGGAGUGCUCUGAGCUGCAGACGUUCAGUCCUGAUGUAGGAAGAGACGCACUGAGAAGUCUUUCAUCGCGUAGAGCCUGUGCUGGUUGAAGUUUUGAGAGCGAUUCUUCUAGGCGUGUGCAGCGUGCCUGCCAAGGCCACCGCGCGAGUGGUGAGAGGAGGUGGCAGGGAGGGCGUUGACGCGUGGCCCUUCUGCGUGGACCGGGAGAAUCUCACCCCAGGCCUUGGGCUCCACUGAAAUCCCAGCCGAGCCUGCGGCUUGAGAGAGGGGCCAUCCCAGCCAUGAAGCAGCACCGACCCCAGGCCGGUGGGUUGGUCUGACUCGCUGGCGGCAACACCGCAGUAUUUUUCUUAGCAUCUGAGUUUCACCAGUUACCCUCAGAUAGGACUAAGGGAAGACGUGGGAUGCAGAGUAGCAAAUAAAGCGAACCUCAUGGUUUUUUUGGCCAAAGAAGAGGGACCCCCUCCCCCCUUCCCCCUGGGGCAGAAGGAGAGCAGUUAGUGGUUCCGUGCAGUGUGUUGAAGUUGGCCCCCACGUCCCGGGGGGUUUGCCCACAGAGGUGGGCUCCAGGGCUGUAUGCUGGGUCCGGCGGUACAGGGUACAUGGAGGGAGAGCUCGGGGGCUGGGAAACCCACAGAAAUGCCCUUGGCCCCAAACAGACGCUGGGUUGGGGGAGGAGCCCCGGGAGCGGCCGCAGGACGUCAGGCAGUAGGCAGAGGCGGACUUCGGGGUGAACCAAUAAAAGCACUUUGAGAAAACCACAA